CGGAUGUUGUCGAGGCUAAAGCAAGCUGCUAAACUGUGCAGUCUGGAAAAUACUAGUUGAUUCUUUGCAGCGGUCAUAAAAACUGAUCAGAGCGGCUGUGUGGCUGAGAUUUUCAUCAGUCAGCCAAAGCAUGGCAGACCCGGCCCGUGUGAAAACUGAAGUGGUGUUCAGUGAGACGAGCACAUCUGCUGAGAGGCCCAAACAGAGUGAGGGCUCCAGUGAUGGUCCAGUUAAUACCACUACCAUCUCUGAACCUACUGCAGUCCAGACCAGUAUAAAAGAGGAAGGCAAAGGGAGAUCAGCUGAAGAUACAGCUGCUGGUGAAGAAGAGGAAGAGGCGUCUUCAUCUCUACAUCCUCCUCCUGCUACAAAACUAAAAGUGGAGCAUGAGAAGAAAAAGGAGAAACGACAAAAAGUUGACGAAGAUGAAAUACAGAAGAUGCAAGUUUUAGUUUCAUCAUUCUCUGAAGAACAGCUGAACCGCUAUGAGAUGUACAGACGCUCUGCUUUCCCAAAGGCCGCCAUUAAGAGACUAAUUCAGUCCAUCACGGGAUCAUCCGUCUCUCAAAAUGUGGUCAUCGCCAUGUCAGGAAUCUCAAAGGUGUUUGCUGGGGAGAUUGUUGAGGAAGCUCUUGAUGUGUGUGAGAAGUGGGGAGACACGCCACCUCUGCAGCCCAAACACAUGAGAGAAGCCGUGAGGAGACUGAAGAGCCGAGAGCAAACCCCCAACACUAAACACAAACACAUUCUCUUCCACUGAAAGUGACCCCUCUUAGAUCUUUCUUCCCUUUGGAAAACACACUGUUGAUCAGCAAAGUUGUGGGAAAAACUCAGACAACCCAUCUGGCCCAUUUGGACCUCUCAUUAUGCCUACAGUCUCUACUCUGGAGCAAGCAACAGACUUAAAAUAUUUGGACUGACUACAUCUCCAUUUGUUUUUAUUGAAAUGUUUUGUAAUAUUUGAUUUACCUUGAAAACUGUGCAGAGCCAUGUUGUGUGUGUGAAAAUUAUGAAAAUGAAAUCUUUUGACUAAACUUGAAGUUCUUUUUAUUAGUGAUGAGUCUUGCAGAAACAUGUCCUGAAGUAUAUGGGUCAUUUGCACAAUGCAGUGCUUUUUCAGUUUUGAAAAGGUUUGUUUCAUCAUUAAAGGGACAAUCGUUUAUAAGUCGUACAGGCCAAGCUAAAGGAAUGAAAAAUCCAUCCUGUUAGGUAUAUUUCCACCCCUUAGGAUCAUUAAGGUGACUGGGUGGACAUUCAUUGGUUAAAAGUAGCCAAUACAUGGCCUGCGUAUGAAAGCUAACAUAUUUGUACAUGUAUACUGAUGAUUUUAUUUGUUAAAUGUACUGAAAUUUUAAAAUUCUAUUAAUUUUUUCUCUAUAACUUUCCAUGACAUGUUGUGCUCGACAACAUGACUGACAUAAUAAAAUAAAGGAAAACUUAAAGUUACACA